AUGAAUAAUUUAACAAUACUGUUCACACCAUUGGAUGGUUGGGGACAUAUCAACGCUUGUCAUGGAUUGGCUGAAGAGUUAAAAUCAAGAGGACAUAGAGUGGUGUUUGCAAUCGAUAAGGCAUUUAAAGGCAAACUAAUUGCUUAUGGAUUUGAAGAGUAUUUGCAUGGAUUGAAUACCGACGGAGAAGUGAUUGAAUACUGGCCACUAUUUAUGGAACAGAACUGUCAUUAUCUUAAAGAAAAACCAAUAGUAAUGGUGGAGAAGUUUUUAGUAACGGCUUUGACCAAAAUGUUUGCCGACAAUAAAGAGAGAGAACAACAAUACGAGCACAUUAUACACAAAGUUAAACCUGAUUUAAUUGUCACCGAUAACUACAUAUGUAUGCCAACCAUAACAAACGCAGGCAUACCCUGGGUCUGGUUGUUCUCCGCUGCCCUUCACCAGGCACUCGAUGAUAAUAGGAUACCCCCGGCCUGGUCUGGAGCGCCCAAACUGGCCGAUCGACGCCUCCAUCCGCUCAGCCCUUAUCUCAACAUAUAUUUGUGGCCAAAAGAAUUUGAAUACGAGUUUCUCGAGCCGAUGGACAACAAUUGGGUUCGAGUCGAGAAUUUCAUUCGCACCACUCAUGAGACGUUUGAGAUACCGAAACAACUAUUGGUCCGUCCGUCCAAUCAGAGUAAACUAGUCUUCCUAUCCAUGGGUUCGUUUGGUUGCGCCAACAUUGAGCUCAUGACACGACUGACCACUGUUUUGGCUCAAUCUCAACACCGAUUCAUAAUAUCUAAGGGUCCAGUAUUUGAGAAGCACUCUUUGCCACCCAAUAUGUGGGGCCAAAGGUUUUUGCCUCAAACUGCGAUUCUUCCAUUAGUAGAUCUGGUCAUAUCUCACGGCGGGACGACUGUCACCGAGAGUUACUUCUAUGGCAAACCUGUACUCGUAUUGCCACUAUUUGGUGAUCAGUUAGAUGUGGGUCAGAGGGUUAUGGAGACUAAAUUAGGCAUUUGUCUAAACCCUUUCUACUGUACUGAUGAACAACUGCUUAACGCUAUCGACACGAUGGCUGCCGAUACGGCUUUGGCUCAAACCAUAGCAAACAUUGGCAAAAGAAUGAGAGAAAUGUUCAACAUAUGA